CGCUUACAUUUAUUAACACGCAUGCAGUAAAUAAACUCCUAAUAAUUAAAACGAGAAGCAAAUAAAACAUUUAAGUAUAUUAUUUUGAUCUCGAUGAAGUCAUAGCGACGUACGCGCCAACGUUACGUCGUCCGACGGAGACGUCAUAAGAAUGGUGGACUGCUGCUGUGUAAGGAGCGGCAUGACAAACGAGAGAAACUUACGAGCUGAAAGGACAGUUUUACGACACAUUUGAAGCCUUACACUGAUGGACAACAGAAGACGUUAUGAUGAAAAAUAUUGAUUCAAGAGAAAGGCAUGAAGAUGACACAUGCCUUCAGGUGUGAAGGUGCACAAAAUGAGGAAGAGGAGGAGGAGGAGGAUGAAGAGGCAAGCCCUAUUAGAUCCAGUUUCUCCGUCGAGGACCUGCUCGAUGAGGUGGAGAAGAUCAGCAGUGUUGCCAGUAGUGGUAAAAAGGUUGAGAUUGUGGUGAGACUGUGGAAAAAUGGCUUCACGCUGAAUGACGAAGACUUGCGCAGUUACACCCAAGAGGAAAACCAAGAGUUCUUGGAGGCCAUUAAAAAGGGUGAGCUGCCUCUGGAGCUUGAAGGAAGAGCUGAAGAUGAGGAACUAGAAGUCAAUGUGGAGGACAUGAAGGAUGAAGUUUAUGUCCCGAAGAAAAAGAUUUUUCACCCAUUUACAGGCCGAGGUUACAGACUGGGAAGUGUGGCUCCGCGAGUGGUGGCCAGGUCGCGGUCGAUACACGAGGACUGUUCUGGUCCUCCUGUCCCAGCCGUGGAGCUGAAUGAAGAUCUCCCAGUGACCUCCCUGCAGAUCUGGCUGGCAGACGGUCGGCGACUGGUGCAGAGGUUUAAUCUGUGCCAUCGGAUCAGCGAUGUGCAGCGUUUUGUGGAGCAGGCUCAGAUCACGGACACUCCGUUCAUCCUGACCACAUCGCUGCCGUUCAGAGAGCUGACAGAUGAGGCUCAGAGUUUGGAGGAAGCCGACUUGGCAAACGCUGUCAUCGUUCAGAGGCCUGUUAACACACAUGCUCCAUUUGGGCACUCCUGACUGUUCCUUCUUUAAACAGAGACUCAAAUAUAUUGGUUUUGCCCCAUGUGUGGGUAACUUUUCAUGAAUCCUUCUCUUUUAAAGGAACACUCCACUUUUCAUUAAAAAAUAGGCUCAUUUUACAUAUCUCUUAAUAGUUAAACAGUUGAUUUUUACCAUUUCUGAAUCCACUCAGCUGAUCUCCAGGUCUGAAGGAAGCACUUUUAGCUUAGCAAAAUGCAUUGAAUUGGAUUAGACCAUCAGCAUCUUGCUCAAAAAAAUAAGAAGCUUGACUAUUUUCCUGUUUAAAGCUUGACUCUUUUCUAGUUUCAUUGUGUACUAACAUCAACAGAAAAUGAAAAGUUGCUAUUUUCUAGGUCGAUAUGGUUAGGAACUACACUCUCAUUCCGGUAGUGAUAAUUGUUUUUGAAGCACUGCUUCAUGAAGCUUCGAAACCUUAUGAAUUUUUUGCUUCAUAUCAAUGGUCUGGAGGGAGCACUUUUAGUUUAGCUUAGCAUAAUUCAUUUAAAUCAGAUUAGACCAUUAGCAUCUUGCUCAAAAAAAUAAGACGCUUGACUAUUUUCCUAUUUAAAGCUUGACUCUUUUCUAGUUUCAUCGUGUACUAACAUCAACAGAAAAUGAAAAGUUGCUAUUUUCUAGGUCGAUAUGGUUAGGAACUACACUCUCAUUCCGGUAGUGAUAAUUGUUUUUGAAGCACUGCUUCAUGAAGCUUCGAAACCUUAUGAAUCUUUUGCUUCAUUUCAAUGGUCUGGAGGGAGCACUUUUAGUUUAGCUUAGCAUAAUUUAUUGAAUCAGAUUAGACCAUUAGCAUCUUGCUAAAAAAAUAAACGCUUUGAUACUUUUCCUAUUUAAAACUUGACUCUUCUCUAGUUUCAUGGUGUACACAGAUCAACAAAGUGAAAAGUUGCUAUUUUCUAGGUUGCUAUGGUUCUGAACUAUACUCUCAUUCCGGUAGUGAUGGCUGUUUUCGAUGCGCUGCUUCAUGAAGCUUCAAAACCUUUAUGGAUCUUUUGUUUCGUAUCAGUGGUCUGGAGGCAGCACUUUUAGAUUAGCUUAGCAUAAUUUAUUAAAUCAGAUUAGACCAUUAGCAUCUUGCUAAAAAAUAAACGCUUUGAUACUUUUCCUAUUUAAAACUUGACUCUUCUCUAGUUAAAUCGUGUACGAAGACCAACAGAAAAUGAGAAGUUGCUAUUUCUUAGGUUGAUAUGGUUAGAAACUACACUCUCAUUCCGGUAGUGAUGGCUGUUUCGAAGCACUGCUUCAUGAAAUUUCGUAACCUUUAUGAAUCCGGUGGUCCGGAGGCAGCAAUUUAAGCUUAGCUUAGCUUAGCAUAAUUCAUUGAAUCGGAUUAGACCAUUAGCAUCUUUUGUUUAAAAAAAUGUUUUGAUACUUUUCUUAUUUAAAGCUUGACUUUUCUCGAGUUGCACCGUGCGCGAACAUCAACAGGAAAUAAAAAGUUGCUGUUUUCUAGGUCGCUAUGGUUAGGAACUAUACUCUCAUUCGGGUAGUCAUGGCUAUUUUCGAAGUACUGCUUCAUGAAGCCUCAACCUUUAUGAAUCUUUUGUUUCGUAUCAGUGGUUUUCGGAAUAUGUAUCAAAUCGGCAAGAUCACGGGAUCUCGGUAAACGGUUUUGUUACCUCAUUACCAUUAUUCAUUUCGAUGAUUCAAUAGUUCUCCACUUGGGAAUAAAUACCCUACGAUCCACAUGAAUCACAUGGCUUCAUUCAGAUCACCCCCUCAGUGGUGAAUCACUUAAGAGGCUUCCUAGUUUUUACCUGAUCUUGAAUCAGUUUUCCGAGUUUGCAGAUGUUUAAAUUGAGACAUUUGUAAAAACAUUGUGAAAAGGAUUAAUAUUAGUUAAUUUAUUAUAAUAUUUAAUUAGUUAAUAAUAGUUAAUGGUCCCUUUUUGAGCCCACCAUGAAACAAACAAUGUGUAAGUCUAGAAAAUCUAUUAAAAAUUAUGCAGACACUUAAUAUUAUAUUAGAUGCUAGAAUAAGCACAUUUAUAGUUUAUACUUUCAAGUUCACAAUGUUUGAAAAAGUCAAUUCUAAUUGAAUUUUGUUGAAUUCACAUGAUUUUGUCCCUGUUUCUAAUGCUUCAAAGCAGUAAAUAAUUAUGCAAAGCAAUUGGUUGAAUUUGGUUGAAAGCUUAGCGAAAUUACCAAGGAACAAAUCUGCAGUACCAUUGCUGCAGCAGGUCGCAAUAUUACGCAGCACCAUAAAAUAAGCUAACCUUCGUCAACAUAAUCCAACGUGAUGACAUGCUUGCACAGAGGGAGUGCCUUGCAACAGUGCAGACUUCAGAACAUAUUUACUUUAGUCAGCCAAAAUAUCAUUGUGCCUGCUGCAACCAUGCUGAACUCCAAAGGAAUUUUAAAAUGAGCCUAUUUUCAAAUAAAAUGUGGAGUGUUCCUUUAAGCUUCAUAAAGGCCAGUAUUUUACAUAUGCACGCUCUUUAUUUAUUUAUUUAUUUAUUAUUUGUUUGUUUGAUUUUGGAGAAGUGGGUCAUUUGGACAUCUUUAAGACCUUAAAGGGAUCUUUAAGGGUCAUCUAUCACAAAUAUAUGGGAAAUAGUUCAACCAAUAUUGGAAAAUAUAAUAUAGCAGAAGUCAGUUUUUGAGUCCGGCAUUUUUUUGGGUGUAUUAGUGUUGCCUUGGUGUAGAUGUAAGGCUGCAAUAUCUCUGAAAAUAUGAUAUGUGUGAUUAAUAAAUGGCAGUAUUUUCAAAUUUGGAUGAAUUGUUUCUUCUCAUUUUCAAGUUUGUUUGUUUUUUCCGACAUGUUCUUUUACAACCAGAUAUGUUGGCCUUUUCUAAUGCAAUGCAGUACUCGAAAGCCAAGUCUUUAACCUUCACUAUUAUACACGUUUACAUGUAUCGAUCAAUGCAGAAGUCAGAUCAUAAGCUUAAUGGAGUUGUGUUUGAUCAUCAUUGCUGGUAUGUCUUAAUGUGCACUGUUAAGUUCUACAUGUCAAAUGUUUUAUGCACUUUGCCUGUGACAGAGACUCUGAUAUAAAGACCUCUGCUUGCAAUAAACCUACUGAAGUCA